CUACUACUAAACGCUCCAGAAGUUACCGUCGUCUCCACUUUCCACAAUCGAACCGCCAAAAUUCAUUUCCACUCAAAAUUAGCAAAACCCUCGCCCAAUAUUUUCCCCCAAAACCUUCGAAUUCGAUAAAUUCCCUCACCAGAUUCUGCACCACGCAGCCAUGGCAGAACCAGCCGAUUGCUCUUCCUUUUCGUCAAUCUUCUCCUUAAAAAAUUCCGGACCGCCGGACGACACCGUCUUCUAUUCCAUCUUCCCCGAUUCUUCCGCCGCCGCCGCCGCCGAGGAACUGCAGUCACUGCAUCUCCAAAUCCUCAACCACAUCGCCCAGUUUACCGACGCAUACAUCUGGCAACACCAGCCGUUCUUACUUUCCAUAACCCCCUCCCCCGUUCCCCAUCUCUCCGGCCACCUCCGCUUCGGAGACAAUCUCGAAGACGAGUGGUUCGUCGUCUUCCUCCUCUUCGAAAUUUCGAAAACCUUCCCCAAUCUCUCCAUUCGCGUCUGGGACUCCGACGGCGAGUUUCUGCUGAUAGAGUCGGCUUUCCACCUCCCCAAAUGGCUCAAUCCCGACACCUCCGAGAAUCGCGUCUUCAUCCGCCGAGGCAUCAUCCGCAUUGUUCCGAAAUCGAGCUUCCAGUUGACUCCGAAAUUGGAGGAUUCUUUGCGGUUUCUAUCGAGCAGGGACAACGAUUCCAUUUCUCGGGCGCCUGAUGCUGUUCAGUUGCAUUUGAGCAGGAAAAUCAGCGAGUAUCCGGACCGUGCUUACAGGAACGUGCACAGGGUUAGGGUUAGGGUUCCGAUUUCGGUGGCGAUGGUGUUGAGGCACGAGCCGUGCUUGAUAUCUUUGGCGGUUGAGGGUUUUUACGAUAGGGAUAUCGAUAGUAUGAAGUAUGCUGCUAAAAUGGAGAGGUUCUUGCCUGGAGGGAAGGCUGAGGAGAUGGUGGAGGUGGUUGUUAGAAUGUCGAGGGCGAUGUAUGCGCAGUUGGUGCAGCAGAAGUUUCAGGCUCCUCGUUUUUUUCCGAUGCCGGAGAGGAACAAUGUGGGGAAGUAUUUGGAGGCCGAACUUGGUAUGAAGAUUGCUUGUGGGUUUGAAAUGAUGUAUCAAGUGAAAAGGAAGCAGGGUGAGGAAGGAAAGGGUAGUACGUGGGAAGCUUUUAUGGAGAGUUUGGAGACGAGUGGUUAUUUUCAGGGGUUGUUGCCUGGGUCGGAGGAAUACAAGAGGUUGAUCAAGAAUGCCGAAGGAUAUUAUCGGAAUAGUUCGUUGCAUGUUAGAGCCAGGGAAGUUUUGAGUGUACCUGUUAGACGGAUAGAUGAAAUUCUUGCACUUCCUCAUUCAGCUGACGAUUUCAAGAAUCAGGAGCUUCCUCCAUCUGAUGAUGAUUCAUGGCUGUAUGGUGGGGAAGAUGAAAUAAAUGCUGCUCUUAAGGAUAGGGAAAAAGAGAUGGAACUGUACAAUUUGAAACAUCAGAAGAAAAACAAGUCAAAAGAGCAGGAGGAAGGGGUUUCAGCACCUAAAAAAAAUCUUGACGAGUAUGAUCUUGGGGGGAUUGCUAAAUCCAUGCAAGCGUUCGUGGAAAAGAUCUCUAGUUAUGAAGGAGCCGAGGUUCCAGAGGACAGCGACUUAAAAGAUGUCGAUUUUGAUGCCGAUCAAUUUAUGAAAGAAAUGGAAAAAAUAAUGGGGCACCGUGGUUCCAACAAUGAUGGCAGUGAUCUUGAUCUCGACGAAGGAUCAUCUGACCUUGAUUUCGAUGACGACGAGGAUUCAGAGGAUAUCGAAGAGGGAGGGGAUGAGUUCAUGGACUCCUAUUCAGAUGCCCUAAACAAAGAAUUGAAGGCUACUACUCUCGAUAAAACCUUUCUUCACGCAAGUCACGAUCAAUCCUCUAAAAUUAUUGAUGAGGGAGCUACUUCAAGUGCGAAUGAUGAUGAGAUGGACGAGUUUGCCCCUGUGGACAUAGAUAUAAACCUGGUAAAGAAUUUGCUGGAUUCUUAUUCUUCUCAAGAAGGUUUGUCUGGCCCUGCUUCUAAUCUGCUUGGUCUUAUGGGAUUAAGGUUGCCUGAUGAUGUUGGUAAAGGCAAAUGAUUCACUGCACUCUUAUGUCAUAAUUCUCGUGUAUUUUUGUACUAAACACAGUGUUUACUGCUUUUUAUACUAUGCGUUUCUUUUUCCCCGGAAAUCUCGAAGCCACGUGGGAACUUUCUAGAUAUCAAAGUUGUUACAUUUGGUAGAAUAUACCGAAUAUAUUCGUUUGUAAUGCCUCUCAUAUAUGUGAAUUAUAUGUAGAUUGAUGGUGGAGUUUUACCCGAUGUAUA